AUGUUUCUGCGCAACCUCCCCAAUGUUAUCGGCACAAUUUGGGCUCUUGGGGGAUCCCUUGCCGCCGCUGCCAUUACCGUCGACAGCACUGUGCUAGUCAUCGCACGCAAUGAUGCCGAAGCUCAGCAGGCCACACUUGGCCUUGACGGUUACGGAAUCCCUUAUGAGAAGUUUCUUGUUCCCCAGGCCGGUACUGCUUUGCCAAUCCUGAACUCAUCCCUUACCCAAGGCCGCUACGGCGGCAUCAUCACCGUCGGCGGCGUCUCCUACGACAACAAUGGCUCCUGGGGCAGCGCCAUUACCACCCAGCAGUGGACUCAGAUUCAUGCGUACCAGGCAGCUUUCAAGGUGCGCAUGGUUCGUCUUAAUGAAUUUCCUGGUCCCGAUUUCGGCGUUACCACUGCAAUUCCGGGCGCUGGUUGCUGUGACGCUGGUGUAGAGCAGAAAAUCAGCUUUUCCAACAUAACCGCGUUUCCCGGCGCGAACCUCAAGGCCAAUGCAGGCGUCACCACUCAAGCACUCUGGCACUACCCGGCUGCCAUCACUCAGCCUAAUAUGACUUGGGAAUUUGCCAACUUUGAGCCUGCCGGUAACUUCAAGACUAAGACAACAGCUGCUGUCAUAAACAGCCUUGAGGGGCGCCAGCAGAUGGUUUGGUUCAUCAGCUGGGCUCCCGACUGGUCUGCGACCACCAACUACCUCCAGCACGCAUACAUUCACUGGAUGACUCGCAGCGUGUUCUCUGGCAAGCGUAAGAUUCAUCUUAGCGCUCAAGUCGAUGACGUUCAUCUCCACACAGAACUGUAUAGGCCCCAAGGCGCCUCGUUUAGAUGCCGGGUUGCUGACCUCGACGCUCAUGUAACGUGGCAGAAGAACCUCAACGCUCGCUUGCCUGCGGGCUCAGAUUUCUGGCUCGAGAUGGGGCACAAUGGCAAUGGCGACAUUAUCGAUGCCGUAAACACUUCAAUGGGUGCCACGUUCUGCAAGCCUCCCUAUGCCGUCGACUAUGACUCCCCGCCAGACACUCCUCUCGAGUUCAUGAAGCCUCCUGGCACUGGUGUUGAUCUGUGGCCCGCUGAGUGGAAGACGUAUGGAUGGACACAGAGCUGUGCUAAGUUGGACAGUUUGGCCUCAUGGUUCCUGACAAAGGCCAACCUUGACGCAUUUGCACACGUCUCUCACACUUUCAGUCACCAGGAGCUCAACAACGCCACUUACAAUGAUGCCGCUAGGGAAAUCGCCUUCAACAAAGCUUGGCUGAAGCAGAUGGGCAUCGACAAGGCCAGCAGAUUCUCGCCAAAGGGUCUCAUCCCCCCCGCCAUCACUGGCCUGCACAACGCUGAUGCCAUCAAGGCCUGGACAGACAACGGAAUUAUCAAUGUCGUCGGCGACAACACCCGUCCCAUCCUGCGCAACACGCAGAACAAGUACUGGCCACUGGCAAGCACUGCCGCCGUUAACGGCCGCGAUGGCAUCACCAUUAUCCCUCGUUUUGCAACCACCAUUUAUUAUAACUGCGACAAAGCCGACUGUACCGUCCAAGAGUGGAAGGACACGUCUGCCGGCCAAGGCGACUUUACCUCGCUGCUUAAUGACGCUCGUACUACCAACACCCGAUAUCUCCUUGGGCUCCAAGCUGACCCUUACAUGUUCCACCAGGCAAACAUGCGUCAGACCGACAUGGACACCAUCACCGUCGGCUCUCAAACCGGCAAGAUGUCUUUGAUCAUGAGCUGGGUUGAGACAGUCGUCCAAGAGAUGUACCGUCUGACAAACUGGCCCAUCAGAUCGCUAAAGCACGAUGACAUUGCCGCGUACUUUAUCAACCGCCAGACGUUGGAUGGUUGCCAGCCAAAGGCAACCUACAACUAUGCCACUGAUGGAAAGACUAUCGCAUCCGUUACCGUCACGACCAACAACAACGCCUGCGGCGUCCCCGUCCCUGUAACCUUCCCCAGUGGUGUCGUCAAGACGGCGGUUGGUGACUCUUCAAUGCUGGACAAGGUGGGCAGCGAGCCGCCCAUCCAGUGGGUGAAGAUGUCUGGUAAGCCAGUGACGCUGAGUUUCUCGACGCCAGUCCAACUAUAA